AUGGAGGCACUAUUGUCCCUCGCCUUCGACAACAUUGCGUCCAAGGAUACGCAGAAGAUCCGCAAGGGACUGCGUCAGAUUGAGGGCAUGCUGGCACAGAUAUGUCUCUCCAGCGGCAAACCAAAACCCUCGACCCCAGGCCACCGGCGGAAUGCCUCGGCCGUCAACCUGGGCGAACAGCAACAGUCGAUGCCCAAGAAGCUGGGUCAAUUGGCAGAGGAUCUCGCCUUUAGGGAGUUCUUCCGGUUGCAGGAGGGCUUUGAAUGGAAUGUUGCGACACGAGUAGCCGAUUGCCUAGACCGAUUGCUCGGCAUGGGCAGUAGCAAAGACGGCCAGAACGAUAUUCUCAUCCUCUCGUCGCUUUCCAACCUCCAAGGUCUCCUCCUACUUCAUCCGCCCUCGCGCAUCAUCUUCGGGCGCGAGGUCUACAUGAACGUUCUUCUCGACCUGCUCGACCCCUAUAACUGCCCAGCCAUACAAUCCCAGGCCCUCCUCGUACUCGUCACCGCACUACUCGCAAACCCGCAAAACACGCGCAUAUUCGAGCACAUGGAUGGCUUACUCACCGUAACGAGCCUUUUCAAGGACGAAGAGACUACACAAAACGUCAAGGUCAAGCUGCUGGAGUUCUUAUACUUCUACCUGAUGCCUGAAGUCCCAGUCACCGGCCCUCAGCGCAGUCCAAGCAAGCUGGCGAACGCCUUCGAGCGUCGCGGUAGCACGGCGACUGGCGAUGAAGGCCGAGGUACGGCGAGAAAGAACACGCGGUCGCAGGAAGAGAAGCAGCAUAUGCUGGGUAGAUACCUCAGCAAUGUUGAUGCUCUCGUCGAAGAUCUCCAGGAGAGUGCACCCUUUACUAGCGUGGCCUGCUAA